AUGCCGUUGAGUUAUGGUGAAAAUGAUCAACGUCAUUCGAGAGAUGUUGAAAAUGAUGGAGAAUGUAGUGAUGUUGGUAAGGGCAGCCCCGAGCAAGGGAUUGCUCAGGGUGAUUCCUCUGAUGUUUCGAACCUUCAGCGUGUUGUCACUGCUGAUAGACUGAGGAGCCUGAAGAACACAAAGGCUCAACUAGAGAAAGAGCUUUCAAACUUGUGUAAGGAGGAUAAAGCUUCCCAAAGCGUCAAGCAUGAAAAAGAAGUGAUCUUGAGUUUAGUUAAAGAAGAGCGAAGGCCCAAGAGGCAGCUUAAAGAAGAUAAAAAAUUGCACAAAAGCUCAGGAAAGCGGCUUAAGACAGUCUCAUCUGAUGACGAUGGUGAUUUUGAUGCUGUUUUGGAUGCAGCCUCUGCAGGCUUUGUUGAAACAGAAAGGGAUGAAUUGGUGAGAAAAGGAAUUUUAACUCCUUUUCAUAAGCUGAAGGGUUUUGAGCACCGCUUUCAACAACCUGAAACAUCAAGUAGUCAUAAUGCAGCAGAGGAUGAAAAUACCAAUGAUCUUGCUUCUUCCAGUGUUGAAAGAGCUGCCAGAUCAAUGUCUGAGGCAGCAAGAGCUCGCCCAACCACCAUUUUGCUUGGGUCUGAAGCUGUCCCGAAGCUUGAUGCACCCACUUUUCCUUUUCGCAGGCUCAAGAAACCACUAAGUUUUCCCAAAUCUGCAGACGUAGAGGUGGAGCCAAAUAGAAGUUCAAAAAAGAUAAAGAGGCGGCCCUUGCCUGGUAGGAAAUGGACCAAGCGUGUUUCUUGUGAAGAUACACAUCUGGAAGAAAGUCAAAGUGAAAAUGCAAAUGUUUACUUGGACACUUCCAGUUGUGAAAAUUUAGAAGCACAAGAUGUUGAAUUUGUUGAUCAUGAAUCUUCAUAUGUAGCAUUAGAAGGUGGGCUUGCUGAAAAUCCCUGAUAACAUAUUUGAAGCUUUGUUUUACUAUCAAAAGGUUGGUGUUCAAUGUCUGUGUGGGAAUUGCAUUGCCAAAGAGCUGGUGGAAUUCGCCUGUUAAUAAAGGAUGUGUGUAAAUGGAGGGUUUGAAUUGAUACAGUCAUUACUUGUUUUGAUUGUUAUUUUAUUGAAUCUGGUUCUUGUUAUUUGUAUCCUAUUAUAGUUAUGUUGAAGUGAUUUUGUAUGUUCCUUAUCCCUUGACCUGAAAACCUCAUUUCUUGAUUAA